GGAAUAUGGGUCAAGCAGUUGAGGCUUAUCAGUUAGACCAAAAAAAGCCCUGGAGAGAGUAUCUAGAACUAAGAGGAGUAGCUAGUAUAUUUAAAGGGGUUACAGUUGGAACAUUAAGGAAUAGGGUAGUUGGAAUAAAGUCUAUCAGAACUUAUUUGGAUCUCUUCUAAUCAAAGCUGCCCAUUCAGUUAUAAUAACAUUGAAAGGGCAGCUAAUCAACUCCUUGAAACACAAUAUGGUACAAGUUACAAGUCUGUAGGACUAGAGUUCUCAUCUUGAUACACAACAAGCAAAUGGCCUAAAUCUAGGCAAAUAUAUACUAUAGACAAAACUGGUUUCUCACCUACUAAUAAUACUGUUAAACAAGUUAUUAGAGUACUAUUGUUACCAUCUGUACAGAUGGAACAUACACUAAGUCUGUUACUAUCUUUAAAGGCUAUAGUGUAUAGUCCAAAUGGACAGAGAACAAUAUAGCUAAUGUAAGGUACAUACUUAUACUUCUUUAUAAGCUCUUGCUUAACAAGAGUAACAGGUUCACUAGCUCUCCAAAUGGUUGGACAGACUGUAAAAUAGUAUCAAGUUCUUAUUGUUGAUAGUUAUAACUCACAUUAUUUGUUUGAAUGUACACAUACUCUCUAGUACCUUAAUAUAGUUUGCUUUGUAUGGAUGAAACAAAUUUAGCAAGACAUAGUUAAUGAUUUUAAGGUACAAAUGCUAUGAACUGUUAGGAAGCAGGAUUUUCUUGGACUUUUUAGAAGGAGCUUUUUACUUGCCUUUGAUUUACAGACUGUCUAGUCUGCCUUCCAAGUUACUAGAGUUCAUCUGUUUAACUGUACUUUCUGUUACCUCUCACAACUCCUGUUUGCUAGAUAAUGGCUGUAUAUUACUAUUAAAAGCUUACAGGCUUUAAUGUUAACAUCUUAACACAUAUUCUAGCACUAGUCUACUACUCCUACUAUUGAUCCAUCCAUUAAUCUGUUACUCUUCACACUCUCAAAGCAUAUACAGUUAAUGUCUUUGUCUAAAGUACAAUCUGUCUCCACCUGUACUAGAGAGAGUCUUAGACACUCUUGGGACUCUUAAUUGGAAGAAAGUAGAAGGAUG